CACAACAUUAGUUGGUGAUUAAACCUCUACUCGUUACGUUAUUAUUAAUAUUUCGACGCUACUUCGGAUUUGUUCACGACUUGACUGAUGCAUUUUCCUAUCGUGUUACCUACAGUCGUAUACUGUUUAGUGGAAUUAAUAUGCUUGUCCAGAGCAACUGCUAUUGCAGGAUGCAUGAACGAGAUGGGACUGCGUAAACAAGAAAAUGAUACUUUUGUACCACUGAAAAUUGUGAAAAAUAAUAGCUCAGACGAUGAUCCACCUACUGAGCUCAGUUACAAGGUCAAGACUUUCCCGAAUACAUGGGAAAAACAUCUCCUUGUGGUCGAUAAGAACAGAAGGGAAGAUUCUGAACUCAUUCUCAAAGCCAACCCAUUCAAAUAUUCGGAACAGGAUUGUACCAAGGAUAUUGGUCCAGAAGAGCAGAUCCGAACAUUCGACUUUGGUCAUUGCCUGACCAGAUUUGAAGACACUAAACAAAGAUCCAGAGAUGAGAACAGAAUGAAAAAAUUUCACCACUUGUUCACCGGUUGUUACUAUUUCGUUUUGAUUAACGAAAACGGUACAAAAUGGAUUCACGAACCGAUUUUCGUAAACUCCACCUCUCCGUUCAACGAUACACUGCUCUUAGAAAAUGAUGCUGACAAUUGCUAUGAUCCCCAACCAUAUGAUAAUAAACUACAGCUGCUUAAUUUCGUCCAGGUACCAAUGAGGUGUGUAGUACUACAACUAAGCCUAUUUUUGAAUAGAACUGAUCGAUAUUGUGGAAUAGAUGACGAUCGUAUCGCCAAAAAUAUUACUGGAAUUCGCGCAGACCAAGAAUGUGAUGUUUAUUUGGCUGACGAUGGAAGGGCAAAGACGAAGUGCAUUUCAAACGAUAUCAAUCUUACAGUCGACACAGAAUUUGGACAAAAUAAUAAUUCGUGGAAUGCAGUCAUUACCUGGACAAUUCCGGACAAUGGAUAUACCAACUAUUGCGUACAGAUACUAAGCAAUAGUAAAAAAAUUUGCUCUAAGCAAAUGACUUAUGAGGAUUUGAAGACUUGGAUACCUCCUCCAUUAUACCGUACCAACCGGUUUGCCAGCUGCAGUAAGAAAUUACUUCUCCACCCACAACCCAGUGACUAUCAAUUAUACUGGCUUGUAUUUGCCAUAGGCUUGAUUAUGAUAGCAUUAGGCUAUUUUAUAAAAAGAACAUUGAAUCUAUACAAAAAAGUUAAACAGGCGAGAGUCCGAACAGAAGACGACCAUGUUGAAUCUGGAUCAUUUCUGAAUGAAACUGAAAGUAAGAAUAUUUUAAUGAUCUAUGCCGAGAAAACGGCUGAAUUCAAAAUCAAAAUGAAGAACAUCAAAAAGUAUUUAAAAGAACACUGUCGUUGCGAUGUUCAUGACUUGUACGAAGAUGAUGAAUACGAUUCAAUUGCUUCAAGUCAUGGAAGUGGGUGGGCCGAAACUAUGGCCAAAUGCAGUAAAAUCGUUUGGUUUGACACCCAAGGAUUUCGUGCUUGCGCGAGCAGAAAAAAAAAUAAUCAUCAGGGACAGGACAACGCUGGCUUCCGGGAUACUAUAAUAACGUAUCUUCUUGAAAUAUCCAACAACAUAGAUCGUGAUCCAAAUACUCAGUAUCGCCGUCACUUUGUUGUUUGGUUUAGAGAACUUGAGGUAAAAUUUAACGCGGAUGACGAUGUACUUCAACUGGUCACACCGAAUAGACGUUAUUGGUUGCCUGAUCAGUUGACUCAACUAAGCAGAGAUUUAUCAGCUGCGGAAUCACCCAAGGCGAAUCCUGUACAGUCCGAGAAGCCGUUACAUUGAGGAUCGUGAAUGUGUAUCAGGUCGUCCAAUCUUCAACGACAACGGAACUCAUUAUCAGAAACGCGCCUCCGUUGUUGAGUGAUUGUAACUUGUGCGCAAGAAUUUCCGAACAAAAUGCACAAAUUUUCAACUAUCGACUGUCAAGUCGAUACGAAACUUUGUGCCUUUAUCAUUCAAUCUACAUCCAUUAAUUUGAUUACAUUUUAUACGUGUAUGUGCUAGAAUUAGAAAAAAAUAUAAUAUUAAAUAAAAUAGAGAAACUUCUUAUCCGA